AUGGAGCCACCACGGGGCCCCCCUGCCAACGGGGCCGAGCCAUCCCGGUCAGUGGGCACUGUCAAAGUGUACCUGCCCAACAAGCAGCGCACGGUGGUGACUGUCCGGGAUGGCAUGAGUGUCUAUGACUCUCUAGACAAGGCCCUCAAGGUGCGGGGUCUCAAUCAAGAUUGCUGUGUGGUUUACCGGCUCAUCAAGGGGCGAAAGACAGUCACCGCCUGGGAUACAGCCAUUGCCCCCCUGGAUGGCGAGGAGCUCAUUGUGGAGGUCCUCGAAGAUGUCCCCCUGACCAUGCACAAUUUUGUACGGAAGACGUUCUUCAGCCUGGCCUUUUGUGACUUCUGCCUUAAGUUUCUGUUCCAUGGCUUCCGCUGCCAAACCUGUGGAUACAAGUUCCACCAGCAUUGUUCCUCCAAGGUCCCCACAGUCUGUGUCGACAUGAGUACCAACCGCCGACAGUUCUACCACAGUGUCCAGGAUUUGUCCGGAAGCUCCAGACAGCACGAAGUUCCCUCAAACCGCGCCCUGAAUGAGCCACUCACCCCUCAGAGUCCCAGCUCCUGCACCCAGCACCGCGACCCCGAGCACUUCUCCUUCCCUGCCCAGGCCAACACCCCCCUCCAGCGCAUCCGCUCCACAUCCACCCCCAAUGUCCACAUGGUCAGCACCACAGCCCCCAUGGACUCCGGCCUCAUCCAGCUCACUGGCCAGAAUUUCAACACUGAUGCUGCUGGGAAUAGAGGUGGUGGUGAUGGAGCCCCCCGGGGGAGCCCCAACCCAGCCAGUGUGUCCUCGGGAAGGAAGUCCCCACAUUCCAAGUCCCCAUCAGAGCAGCGGGAACGGAAGUCCUUGGCUGAUGACAAGAAGAAAGUGAAGAAUUUGGGGUACCGGGACUCGGGCUAUUACUGGGAGGUGCCACCCAGUGAGGUGCAGUUGCUGAAGAGGAUCGGGACGGGCUCGUUUGGCACCGUGUUUCGCGGGCGGUGGCAUGGUGAUGUGGCCGUGAAGGUGCUCAAGGUGGCCCAACCCACAGCUGAGCAGGCCCAGGCCUUCAAGAACGAGAUGCAGGUGCUCAGGAAGACACGUCACGUCAACAUCUUGCUGUUCAUGGGCUUCAUGACCCGGCCAGGAUUUGCCAUCAUCACACAGUGGUGUGAGGGCUCCAGUCUCUACCACCACCUUCAUGUGGCUGACACACGCUUCGACAUGGUCCAGCUCAUUGAUGUGGCCCGCCAGACUGCUCAGGGCAUGGAUAAAGACGCGCUGGAGUGGGGCCCAGCCCUUGGAACAACCCUCGGGCUCUGUGCUAUGGAUGGUGAGUUGGACCAGGCUAGACUGGGGGUGUAUAGGGACAUGGGCUCCUGGGCUAAGAUGUUGAAGGAGGAGUGGGGCCGGGGUUUCCUGCACCAGGUGUGGGUGUUUGGACCACUUACACUUCACCUCAUGGGGGCAGCUCUGAAGUCACUUGCUGACCUGUACAUUCCUCCUGCCCGGUCCUGUCUGCUGAAGGCAGCUGAAGUGAUCCGUAUGCAGGACCCGAACCCCUACAGCUUCCAGUCAGAUGUCUACGCCUAUGGGGUUGUGCUCUAUGAGCUCAUGACCGGCUCACUGCCUUACAGCCACAUUGGCAGCCGAGACCAGAUUAUCUUUAUGGUGGGCCGUGGCUAUCUGUCCCCGGACCUCAGCAAAAUCUCCAGCAAUUGCCCCAAGGCCAUGAGGCGCCUGCUGUCUGACUGCCUGAAGUUCCAGCGAGAGGAGCGGCCCCUUUUUCCCCAGAUCCUGGCCACGAUUGAGCUGCUGCAGCGGUCACUCCCCAAGAUUGAGCGGAGUGCCUCCGAACCCUCCUUGCACCGUACCCAGGCUGAUGAGUUGCCUGCCUGCCUACUCAGCGCAGCCCGCCUAGUGCCUUAG